CCUCGAUUUCACCGAGGUUCAUUUGUGUACAUUGACAUUAACAUUCCGCUUUUGAAAUAAGCAAAAAUGUCUAAACUAAAAAAGAAAUACAAAUCAAAAGAAGAAGAGACGUCCGCCCUUGGUCUAAAUGAUCAUCACCAGGCCACUGUUAUCAACUACAUGCGCUUUGCUCGCUAUCAGCGCGGGCAGAGACUGCGGGCUGUUGACGCAUGUUUUGACGACCUGAAGGACAGCAGGCUCAUAGAUGAAACCUUCACAGUUGACGAGGUCACUGAGAUGCUUGACGGACUCCUGGCGGUGGUCAGAGGCGAAAUGGAGUCCGAGCUCAUCAACACGGCCCACACCAAUGUCUUGUUGCUACGGCAACUGUGUCAACAGGCUGAGAAGUGGCAUUUGAAACUUCAGGCUGAUAUUUCUGAAUUGGAAAACAGGGAUCUACUUGAGAAGAUCAAAGAUUUUGAGGAUGCAGAAUUUACAGGGACCAAACGUGACACGGACUUCUCAGCUCUGUCUGGACCUAGUAAACUAGAACCACUGAACGAGAGCUCUGCAUCUGCCCUACUGCAUAUGGAGAUUGAAAGGUUAAAAGAAGAAAAUGAAAAACUAAAGGACAGGCUGAAGGCUGUAGAAUCCCAGGCCCUGGGAAUACAACAAGAGAAGAACCUGCUGUCCUCAGACUUAGAGAAGACAAAAAAUGCCCUCAGCUCAGCUAAAGGAACUGUCAUAAGGCAAGACUCUGGUGAAGAGGUGGAGGCACUGAGAAAGCAGAUGGCAGGGUUGAAGUCUGAGAUUGACAAGAGUAGGAAGCAUGGCUCUGCAGCAGCAGAGAUGCUGGAAGGGGACCUAGCUGACACCAAACACGAGCUUUUGAAAGUCAGAGCAGAUCUGGAGCUGGCAGAGAAGGAAUUGGAGAAGAAAGUUAGCCAGACUGCACCGUUUAAGAACCUGAAGCAGAUGUUAACUAAGAAGAAUGACCAAAUUAAAGAUUUGCGGAGAAGGCUAGCAAAAUAUGAAGAUAGCGAUUUAUGAUUCGCCUGGGACACAAGUGCAAGCCGAUGUGCAAACCUGAUUACAAAGCCGACUGUGAAUGCUCUGUGUGUGUUUAAGGACCUUGGACAUCAUUACUCUCACCUAUGAUAAUAGUAUAUAGUAUAUAGUGACUCGGAGUUAUGAACUUUUGAAUGGUGGACUUUCAUAGAUAUGAAUAAAAAGUUGUGUGUUGGGUUGAAUUGACAUGUAAGAUGGAAGUUUGCAAGUGUUAUUAUGAAAUUUGUAAACCAUGGUUACUUUAAACUUAAUUUUAUGAAACAGUGCUGUAUAUUUUGUGAGAUUUAAAAUACCCAUGGUAACAUACAAAUGCACAGUGUAUAUUGCAGUAUACAUACAUGCAUUGGGCUUACUGUUAAGUCAACCAUAACCUGUUUAUGACUCUAGGUCACUGAAAACGGUGCAACUUCCUGAGUCAUCUGGAUGAUGUGUGUUUCUGCAUUGCCUUUAAAAAGUGGGACCACUUUGAAAAUAUUUUUACAUGAAAAAGGAAUUAUAUGGGUAUAAAGUACUGUAACCAUGGUGAUGUAACUGAGUGAAGGCUUCAUCCUAGAGAAGAACUUGAUAAUGUCUAAAAUGACAAAUCUAUUAUGACAACCAAACCUACCACUGCUUUUCAAAAUUCAAUAGUCUGGCAGUUAUACAUGGAUUGUUGAUUUAAUCAUUCCACAGACAGUUUUUAUCUAAAUAUUCUCAUAUCGUCUAGUUUUCAGCUCUACUCAACUCGGUGUAAGAACAUCAGCGCAUGGCCAGUUUGUCCUGAGGAAGGAUCUUGAGUAGAGCCAAAAAUUAGACGAUAUGAAAAUAUUUAUGUAAAAACUGUCUGUGGAAUGAUGAAUUCAACAGUCCAAACAUGCAACUAUCAAACUGCAUAUUAUUAAUGUUUCACCUCAUUUCUACUGAGGUUUCUGAACAGUGAGUUAAAGCAAAGUUAAACUGGACAAAACAAAAUUAUAAGAUGCUUUUUGUUCAUUCAGAAGUUGGAUAUGAGAUAAAAAGUUCAAUUUAGAUGCAACCUUUCUUUAAGACACUGAUAACAACUAUCAUGCAUUUACAUGCUUUAUAGAAUCUUUAGAAAGAAUACCAGAUUAAGAUUGCUCUGGAUUAAAUGCAUUGCAAAGUUUUUAUAUUUAUUUAAAACCUAAAAGAAAGAGUUAUGAACAUUUAGAACAGGUCCUGCUAAAGAGAUUAUGAGCAAAGGAAGAUGAGAAAACAAAAGACGUGUGUGAAAAUAUAUACAAGAUAUUUAUCUGAAUGUACCAUGUUUAAAUUGGAUUGCAGUAUUCUAAUCUAGUCUAGUGUACAUAUAAAAAAGAUAAUCAUUUUCAGUUAGCCCUGCUUUGUAGAUAUAUACUAUAUAGAUUUUCAUUGUUUUAUUUUUUAUGCAAGGUUAACAGUGUUGAACUUUUAACAGUGUUUUUUGCUGUCACUUUUUCUUUGUACUUUCGCAUUUUAAAUGCAUCCGUCCUUUGAGAAAAAGACCAUCACAUUUCAGUAAGCCAACUGUCUUUAUAUUUUCUACUAAUUAUUUUUUGUGUGAGCAGUUUAGAUGUUUAGUAUAUGAGUCCUUAGUAUGAUAAAAUGAUAGGUAAUGACUGGAAAGUUCAUUAAAAAGCAUUUAGAAUUCCAUAUUUCAGGGGGAAUGUUGUCCAGGAGUAGAAUAUUAGAAUAUUCAGUGAAAAAUGCAAUAUAUUAAAAAUAAGAAAAAAAAAGAGAAUGGAAGGCUAGAGACAAUUGACCAUUAAAGUAUGAAAUUAUAUGUAUUUUGCUAGUGGCAACUUCUUCUUUAAUCUAUCUUGUGAAGUAUAGUGAAGAAAGAGGUUUGGAGUUGACGCUUACGUUUGUCUUAAGGUGGUAAACCUCACUUAAGAACCGUAGGAAGUAAUAGAAAUUUGAGAGGGAAAAGAGAAAAGAAAACAUUAUCAAAAAAGUUUUUUUGUCACAAGAUUCUUGUGGGUGUGCAUACUUUACCAAAAUGGCCAUUAUUGUACAAACUGACAGGGUGUUUUGUUACUGUGCUUCAGUUGAUGUAUACUUCAAAUGCUAUACACGAGACUUUCUUCUAAAUUGAUUAAUUUCAACUUUGCUGCUCCUAAAUAGAUGCAAAAGGCAAACCAGUUGCAGUCACAGUAAUGUGAUGCAUUGUGCAUAAUGUAAAACCAGGAGUUAAAAAGAAAUAAAAGCACUUCUCUUUCUUUUCUGGUCAAAUUUUAUCUCAAAAUGUUUUCAUAAUACCCAUCUUCAUGCUUUAGCAAAAAUUGUGAAAUUAGUGAAAGUUUCAGCAGGCAUGAAGGUUUGAAAGAUGACUUCCCAUAUUAUGUGUAAGACGCGAUUACUGCAGAAG